AUGGCCACUUCAUCCAGCCAGCCCGUUUUCCGGGCCACUACCACUGCCCCUGUCAACAUUGCUGUGAUCAAGUACUGGGGCAAGCGCGAUACCACUCUCAACCUUCCCACUAACUCUUCUCUAUCGGUGACUCUCUCGCAAAAGUCCCUUCGCACCCUGACUACCGCCUCGUGUUCUCCCUCCUAUCCUACCGAGGAUACCCUCAACUUGAACGGCAAGCCUCAAGAGAUCCAGUCCUCCAAGCGCACUCUUGCUUGCAUCUCCAGCCUCCGUACUCUCCGCAAAUCCCUGGAGGAUGCGGAUUCCUCGCUGCCCAAGCUCUCUUCUUACCCUCUCCGAAUUGUCUCUGAGAACAACUUCCCCACCGCAGCUGGCCUGGCCAGUUCCGCUGCUGGUUUUGCUGCUCUGGUUCGUGCCGUUGCCGAUCUGUACCAGCUGCCCCAGUCUCCCCGUGAGCUGAGCCGCAUUGCUCGCCAAGGAUCGGGCUCUGCCUGUCGUUCCUUGAUGGGCGGUUAUGUCGCAUGGCGCACAGGAGAACUCGCCGAUGGAACUGACAGUCUGGCUGAGGAGGUUGCCCCGGCAUCCCACUGGCCCGAGAUGCGGGCUAUCGUCCUCGUUGUCAGCGCCGAGAAGAAGGAUGUUUCCAGCACCGAGGGUAUGCAGACCACUGUCGCUACCUCCGAGCUUUUCGCUCAGCGUGUGUCGUCCGUUGUUCCCGAGCGCAUGACCGCCAUUGAGGAGGCCAUUCGUGACAAGGACUUCCCCAAGUUCGCUGAGAUCACCAUGCGUGAUUCUAACACCUUCCACGCUACUUGUCUCGACUCGUGGCCCCCAAUCUUCUACAUGAACGAUGUUUCGCGUGCUGCUGUCCGCCUGGUGCAUGACAUCAACAACGCCGUUGGCCGCACUGUUGCUGCUUACACCUACGAUGCUGGUCCCAACUCUGUGAUCUACUACGAGGAGAAGGAUACCGAGCUGGUCGCCGGUACCAUCAAGUCCAUCUUGGGCGCCACCGCUGGCGGCUGGGACGGUCCUUUCUACGAGCCCCUGGCCAAUGUCACCUCCGGUGUUUCCCUGGAGAAGACCGACCCCCGUGUCUUGGAUGUCUUGAAGAACGGCAUCAGCCGCGUUAUCCUGACCGGUGUCGGUGAGGGUCCUAUCUCCGUCGAGGACCACCUUGUGACCGAGACCGGCGAGAUGGUCAACCAGUAA